AUUUAAUAUACUUCAUUUUCUAAAUGAUGUUAUCUAUAUUCUAAGAUUAGUAUUCAUGUUGUUUUUUUGCCGUUUGGCGUUAUUUGCUUUGCACAUUUGUUGUGUGUCUGAAGUCAGAGCUGCGGCAUCUAGGAUCCAGUCGAAUUGGCCGAAUGUAUGGCCUUCUAUUGACUCUUCGGGGUCAACCUUGGAAUCGCUUAAUCUUACUCCAGAAGAUGUAAUAACCACAUCUCCGGAAGCCGAUGCCGAUGCUGCAGCAUCGGCAUUUGCUAAUCCAGUCAGUUCUGCUCCGCGCCCUUUCAAUGUCGUUAUACUAUCGGAUUCUCUUUCUGAGCUUGAGAAGCUACGUUCUGAUGUGGACAAUAUCUUAAGUUUUACUCGUGAACGUCAGAUUGAAGUUUUGAAGCAGUUCGGUAUACAUCAAGAUCUCGUCGCGAAGAUUCCUAUGAAAUCACCUCCACCAAGCCCACCUGCCAGUUUCGGGACUGGAUAUAUGCACUACCAGUUGUAUACGAGUUUUAUUGCUAUAUUUUUAGUAUACAUUGUGGCUGUUCCACUAGCUUGCAAGCUUCUCUAUGGCGGUCGUAAGCUUGCUAGACAGCAUAUUCCUUUGUCAAAUGGGUUUUAUAUUUUCUUUAUCGCAUUUAACGUUUUACAACCACUGUUUGGUGUAGGACUUAUUCAUUCACUAUUAUGUCUCGGGGCGGCGUAUUCGGGUUAUAGGGCUGCUAUGCGUCCGUUACGUAUUAUGCGUUUGUUUCCUCGUGACAUAAGGAAGGAGCCUAUUGGAUGGAUAUUCGAGAUAUUAUGCGUCUGUGCUUUGUUUGCCAAUGUCAUAUACCGUUUAAUGACGUCGCUACUCUAUAUGAUUUUUGGUAACAUACACGUGGAGCAAUCAUAUCACAAUUGGAUUUCCAUGUUAUAUGCUUUAUUCAUUCUAUCUGCCUCGGGAGCUAUACUCUUGGCAUUGAUGAAGAUAGUUCCUACGUUCUUCGCCCAGGAAUUAGUCUUUGCGUGUUCAUCGUUAUAUAUACUACUUUCCGCUAUAUCGUUUUUGAACGAUUUGUGUGUAUAUUGCGGGAUUUUAGGUAUAACCUUAGUGGCCGUUGACCCAACUGUCUUCUUUUGUCCAAUGCCUUUAGAUCAUGCGAAUAGCGGUGUAUAUAUGAUCUCUUUAUGUAUUGGUAGUGCAUAUACGGCUGCUUCUUUUAGUGGUUCUUAUGGCACUACUGUUGCCCGCUGAUAGUGGUUGCGCGUCGCGGCGUAGCUUCUUUGG